AUGGCGCCCGGCCGUCGCUCCCAUCAGGCCGCGAAUCCGCCGCGAGACAGCGACGUGCGGAAACGCAAGCGGCAAGGCGGCGACAGCAGCGGCGGGAGCGGGAGUUCCAAUCCGGAUCCGGCGAACGGUGGCUCAUCAACGCUGCAGCUAGGAGGUGAGGCAGGAAGCAGCAGCAGACCAACGAAGACGCCGAUGACUACCGGCACCGGUCGUACCCGGCAACUAGAUCUGGGGAGAUUUCUGCUCCAUAGAAGGAAUUCACCGCAAGUAGAACCGCCGCAAGACCCACAACCGAUUAAUGAAGAUGAACAAAAUGUGAUCAGCAAUGAGGACGAUGUUGAUGAGGUUGACGAAUGGAUUGAGCAAGAAAUGGUCAAUGAGGAAUAUGAGGAGCAUUUUGAGGAAGAGGAUGAUGAUUUUUUUAAUCCGGAUGAAAUUAUGUCUGAUCCUGCUCUGAGGCUACAAAUUGAAGAUUAUCAUCCAGAUGUUCAAGCCGAAGUGAGAAGAGCAUAUCUUUUGAAGGGUCCAACACAACCAAUUUUGGAUUUCCCUUCCAAAAAAUAUGGUAAAUAUAGUGAGUCUAAGCGUGCUGCAUAUUGUUUCUAUUGCUUUCUUUUUAAGCAACACGGGAGUAGUACACACUUUGGUCAUGAUGUUUUCAACAAAAUAGGGUAUAGUAAUUGGAAGCAUGCAUCUAAGGCUUUUCCCCUACAUGUUGGUGGUGUAAACAGUGCACACAACCAAGCGAGAUUACACUAUGAUGAUUUUCGGAAUCAGAGUCAAAGUGUGUCCCAUAAACUUGCUAGGGCAUCAGAAGAGUCCAAAGUUUUAUACAAAAUUCGUUUGACCUCUUCCCUUGGGUGUGCAAGAUAUCUCAUUGCUCAAGGCUUGGCUUUUCGCGGUCAUGAUGAGACUUCCACUUCACUGAACAAGGGUAACUUUCGUGAGAUGAUAGAUUGGCACAAAGCUAAUGAUGAGAAAGUGAGACAUGCUUUUGACCAUGGUGGAAGAUGCCAGAUGCUUGCUCCGAAAAUUCAGAAGGAUCUUGCAAGGUGUUGUGCAGAAGAGGUUACCGCUGUGAUUAUGAGAGAAAUUGGUGAUAAGAAAUUCUCUGUUCUUAUUGACGAAUCACGUGAUAUAUCCGUGAAAGAACAAAUGGCAGUGAUGUUGAGGUAUGUUAAUGAUGGAGGGAAAGUUGUGGAACGAUUUCUCUCUCUAUAUCAUGUCCAUGAGACUACAUCGGCCGCACUAAAGGAAGCACUUGUCGGCAUUCUUGAUCAUUACAAGUUAUCCAUCCAUAGGCUGCGGGGGCAAGGAUAUGAUGGGGCUUCAAAUAUGAGAGGUGAAUUCAACGGUUUGCAAAAGAAAAUUCUUGACGAGAACCCCUAUGCUUUCUAUGUUCACUGUUUUGCCCACCGGCUGCAAUUGGUGGUUGUCUCAGUUUCUAGUUGUUGCUCCUCCAUUUAUGAUUUAUUUGAGCAUGUCUCCUUGAUUGUCAAUACAACAAGGGCAUCUUGCAAGAGGAGGGAUAUACUGAUAGAACAACAUCAUCAAAAUAUUCUAGAUAAGCUUGAAAGUGGUGAGAUAUAUACUGGUAGAGAUCUGCACCAAGAAACAAAUUUAUCUCGACCAGGGGAUACUAGAUGGGGUUCGCAUCAUACAACUUUGCUUCGUCUGAGUGAAAUGUGGAAGUCGGUAUUAUUUGUGCUUCGGGAGGUCCAUGAUCAAGGGUGUGGACCCUCUUCAGCAGCAGGUUUGAUAGAAAUAAUGGAGAGCUUCAAAUUUGCUUUCACCUUGAAUCUUAUGUUAAAGUUGCUUGGUAUCACUAAUGAGCUAUCUCACAUCUUACAAAGAAAAGACAUCAACAUUGUUAAUGCCAUGGAAUUAGUUGGUGAUGUCAAAUCUCGGUUGGCCUCUAUGAGAGAAAGUGGAUGGGAGGAUUUCUUUGAUGAAGUGAAACUUUUUUGUGCUGCCAAUGGUAUUCCGGUGCCUAAUAUGGAUGAACGAGUACCUGUUCGUGGUCGUUCAAGGACUGAUGGUGUGACUUACACUUAUCUUCAUUUUUAUCGAGUUGAGAUCUUUUAUGUUGCCAUCGACAAGAUAUGCACCGAGAUGAAUCAUCGCUUUAAUGAAGCAUCUUCAGAGAUAAUAGUGGCCUUCUCAUGUCUUCAUCCAAAAAAUUCUUUCUCUAGGUUUGAUGUGGAUAAGCUUGCUAGCCUAACUGAAACUUAUGGUGGGGAUUUCUCUAGUGGUGAUCGUGCAAUCAUAAGAGACCAGCUUGAAACUUACAUUGUUCACGUCCGAAGGCAUGAGCCAUUUAGUUCUUGUAAAGAUCUUGAAGAUCUGGCUUCAAAGAUGGUUGAAACCGAGAAACAUUUGGUUUUUCCGUUGGUCUACAAACUCAUGGAGUUGGCUUUGUUAUUGCCGGUCUCAACAGCAUCGGUUGAGCGAGCAUUCUCAGCAAUGAAGAUUAUCAAGUCUAAAUUGCGCAAUAAGAUGAACAAUGUAUGGUUUAAUAACUUGAUGAUUUGCUACACCGAGCGAGAGAUUUUCAAGGAUCUAGAGGAUGAUGCUAUUGUUAGACGAUUUCAAGCCAUCAAGGAUCGGAAAGGAAAAUUGCCUAGGCCUAAUUAG